AUGAUUGAGCUGAGACCACGUUGUCAACUACAACAGCUGACGUCUCAUAUCCGGUUUUUCUUGCAUUUCCCAUUACGUACAAGUUUUUUGACUCGAAACGGUUGAAGUCAUUAAGGAACAGGGGAAUUGAAGUUUGAAAACAAAAUUAAGUGCCCUGAAAUAUCUGAACACAUUCAUAAAUAAUGAAGAUAGAAAAAGAAAGAAAAAAAAAUUCUCGAGCUUUGUCGGCCAAGUUCGCUUCAGUGCUAACUUUUCCAGCGCGAAUUUCAAAAUUGACUUCCAAAGUUUUUUUAUUUCUGCAACUUGGAAAUAACGCAAAUUCUCAUCGUUUUCAAGUUUUGGCACAUAUUUAUUCUCAUGUUCGAGUAAUCCCAAACGGGCACUUCAAACUUUUGACUAGAAGCUGUCAGCGCAAACGUUUUCAAGACGUAUUGCACCACGCUACUUCUCACUUUUUUCCUCAUGUUUUUGAUGUUCAGGAGCAUAUUACUAAUUUUUGUUUUGUCAUGAUCAAUAUUUUAUUGACUGUUUCUAUGGCAAAAAACGUAGAUUGUCCCUUUUUUAACCAUUUUCAUUGUCAAUGAUUUUCUUUCUUUCUAAUCCAAGUCCACUAAGACCGACAUUUGAACUAAUCCUCGAAAACCCAUGUCUUUUUUCCCAUGAACGAGCAAAAGUUAAGGCUUACUGCCGACGUUUUUCCUUGUUCUGCAAAAACUAAUAACGUCCGUUGUUUUUAUUUAUUCUCGACUAUCAUUUCACAAUUUUUUAAAAGACGUGUUAAGAUUUCGGAUUGUUAAAGACUGUAAAAAACCCAAAAAAACCUCAACAGGCGUAUAUAGACAAUAAUUCAAAGUUUUGAUCAAAUCUCAGCAUGUUUCAAAAAAAAAAGCAUUCCGAAUUUUUUCAAAUGUCAUAAAAAGUAUGGGACUUUUAUAAAAUUUCACUUUUGAACCUCUUCUCAAUUUUCAUUGAAGUAACUUCUCAAAAAAAGGAUUCUUUUUUCUCCGAGCUUUCUCCCAAAAAGCAAUAAUAAUAAAAUCGGCUCCACGUCUUGACGAUUGUUUCAAUGGGCCCAGCGGACGGGACAAGGAAAAGCCGUAUAAUUAUCCUCGCGACGACAAAAUGCCAUUUUUUGAUGGAUUUGUCCAGCCCAUAAUGUCACAAAUAUUUCAGUUCCCAAUAUUAUAUAUGGAAAUUUCGGGUCUUGGAGAAAAAUUGAGAGAUGUUCAAUUUUUUGCAAAGCGACGGCGGCGCGAGGAAAAAAAGCGGAGGAAAUCUAAUCUGUGUCCGUUUUAUAUAUGAAUAUUCCAUUCGCAGCUUCUUCCAUCCAUCCGAGUUUCCACUCGAGAUGGAAUUGUAUAAAAAUAGAUGAUUUUUCACUUUCACCGCCUACAUUUCUUUCGUUUUUCUCCAUCAAAAGACCGGAAAUUGGGGUUGAGCCACGUUCGUCUUUGUUCUUUUACGCUGUUGCGUGUUGUCCUUCUUGUUUUUUUUUCUCCUUUUUCCAUGACCCACUCAGCUUUUCCAGACUUUUCGGAACCUCAAUGAUCAAUCAGUUAUUCACUCUAUUAUCACUGGGAUCGCUAUUUUAUACUGCUGAAUCUUUGAAUUCCAACGAGAAGGACGACGAGUUAUUAUUCACUGAAUUUCCAAAGGUUCCUGCGAUUUUUUUAAAUUUUUGUUAUUAUUGUAUUCUGGUGGGAGUUUUUUUAAAGGAGAAAAACAAAGAAUAUCAUCAAAACUCAAGCUUUUUUAUGAAAAAAAUGAUAGGUAAAACUAGAGAACAAGUCAGUUUCUAUGAGACCAAAGUUUUCCAGGAAAGCCCCCACAUCGUCCGACAUUCCUACUUCAAGCAGGAAUUCAAGUUGGGCUAUAAACUAAAAUUGUUUUGUAAGGCGACGGGCCAUCCAAGACCUCAAAUCGUCUGGUACCACAAUGGCGCCGAGGUGAACCCCGACAAGGGAAGAACGGUACAUUUUUUCGGUUUUUUUGUGUAGGAACUGAUUUUUUUUUUUCAAAUUACAACCUUUGGAGAUGAUUCGAAAUAUGUAUUUUGAGUGAGGCUUUCAGAAUUGACCCUCCAGAAGUCACUUGAAUGACGUCAUCAAAAAAUAAAAAAUUUUACCGUCAUAUUGGGAACUCUCUUGAUACGAAAAAAAAGUCGAUUACGAAAAUCGAAAUUAAAACUUUAAAACGAUGACGUCAUAGCUCCUUUUCCUUUAAAGGACUACUUGAGUUUCAUGGAAUGAGGUCGUCAAUAAAUGAUCUGAAAAUCUAUUAAAAACUGGAAUUUUGCAAAAAGAGAUGAGGAAUUCAGAUUUUGCAAUAAUAUAGUAGAAAAAUGACCUAAAGCAAUGACGUCAUUAAUUCAACCUUUUUUCCCUAAAACAACCACUUGAAUUUCAAUUAGUGACGUCAUCGGAAAAAUAAAAAACAAUGAGGUCAUAUUCGAAAUUUUAGUGAUACGAUAAACGUCUUUUUUUCAAUUACUUUCCGCGAAGUUCAAAAUCUCUGACCCUCCAAAGUUUAGUUAUCUAUCUCACUCUCUGACGUCUUUUUCGAAUUCCGUUCACCUCAAGAUUUCUGCAUUAACCAAGCUCUCACUGAACCGUUUGAGAUCUGGUUUUCAAAAAAUCCUUGACAAAUCCUCCAGAAAGACGUCGAGAAUGCUUCAGAUUCGCUACACGCUGCACGACUCGACGCUGUCGUCGUUCCUUGACGUCGACCCGACGACGAUCGCCGACGCCGGCGAGUACGAAUGCGUCGCCAGCAACGCCAAGGGCAACCACGUUCGCAGUUUCAAGGCCCACUACAUUUUGUAA